AUGACUGUCGUUUCGGCGAGCAACUCCAUCAAGCUGCCUUCCGGCCAUAGCUAUCCUCUUACCGGCUUGGGACUAUGGAAAGUCCCACAACAUGCCUGUGCAGAGUUGGUGUAUACGGCACUGAAAUUAGGGUAUCGAUUACUGGAUGGUGCAGCAGAUUACGAUAACGAGGUUCAGGCUGGGGAAGGGUUAAUUAGGGCUGUCAAAGAAGGAAUAGUGAAACGAGAGGAAGUGGCAAUAGUAAGCAAGCUAUGGAAUACCUAUCAUGCUGCGGAACACGUAGAAGCUGCUUGUCGGAGAAGUCUUGAAGAUUGGAAGGUGGACUACUUUGAUGUUUACUACGUGCACAUGCCGAUAUCGCUGAAGUAUGUUGACCCUAAGGUACGAUAUCCCCCGGGAUGGAGCUACGAUGGAACUCCAACAGGACCCCUUGAACUUGAGGAUUCGCCCUUCCACAAGACAUGGGAAGCCAUGGAAAAGCUUGUCACUCUCGGCUUGGUCCGCAACAUAGCAAUCAGCAACAUGUCAGGUGGAAUGGUCAUGGAUUUGAUGAGAUACGCUAAAAUUAAACCCGCGGUCCUUCAAGUCGAAUUACAUCCAUAUCAUGCUCAACACAACCUUGUCCGUCUCGCGCAAGCAUUCAACAUUCAUAUCACAGCCUACUCGUCAUUUGGUCCGACUUCAUGGGUCGGUAUUUCCGACAAUGUUGUCGCGAAAUGCGAAUCGCUGUUCGACCAUUCGGUAAUAGCUGGUAUCGCACAAAAGCACAAUGUCACAGCUGCUCAAGUAGUCCUCCGCUGGGCAACUCAACAAGGUAUCACUGUCAUUCCUAAGAGUAGUGAUGAGAAACGUUUGAAAGAGAAUCUGGAGAACGAGUUGCUUAGCUUAACGGAUGGAGAGAUCAAGGCAAUUGACAAAUUGGAUGCGGGGCUUAGAUUCGCCGAUCCAGGUGCUAUCGAUCCCCGUUUGGCUAUGUACGCCUGA